AAAAAGGAUCACCAGCUGGAUAUAAUCUUUUCUGCCUGUUUCAGAUCCAACGCUUGGGCACCGUUCAAGAAUUUGUGGGUGUUCAGCUAUGGAGUUUGUCAUCCACGGCUUCAGCAACUGGAGAAAAGCCUGAAAUGAUUGUGGAGUGCAUUGGAAACAAAGUAAACGGGAUGGCUGAGCUCAGGAGGUUGCUUCAGAAGCAGUUCAACAGCAACAGCCAGGAGAGGUCCCCGUCAUACAAUAUAGUCUCACCAGUCAUGCAGUCACCAGUGUCCUCUCCCUGAUGUUUCUUGAAUUUGUUUUUUCGUCCACCAAACCAUGAUCCUGAUAUCAAAGCAACACUUGUACCUCUCCCUUCUCCUUUCUGUCUUUAUUUCAUCUUUUUAAGGAGCCACACAUGGAUGCUAAGCGCUGAUGGUGCCAGCACCAUGGCGUUCUUCAGCAGCGGAUCACGGGCGCUGGUCGAAAUCCUGACGAGAAUGCAGAGUGCUGAAAGACCAAUGCCUGUUGAUCACACCUUCUUCGAGUUUGGAUCGAUCCGGUACCAUGUGGAGGCUUCAGCGUCAGAUCCUGAGAACGUGUACCUGUCGAUAUCGACGCCAUCUCUUUCCCACGAAGCUGCACCCUCCUCCACCGGCUUGCCGGAAGCCACACUGCAGGAGACGAGGAAGGCGUACCACAAGUUUGCGGAGGUCGUCGAGCCGCCCAGAGAAGGGUACGUCCUGACGCUGAAGCUGAACUUCUCCGGCCUCGCCCGACCGAAAGAUCGCGUGAAGGCCAUCAACCAGGUGUCGCUGCUGCAAUCCGUGGUGCUGAGCUCGCAGCUCAGGGACAUGCUGGGGAGCCUCGGCCCGUUCGGCACGAUGAAGCUCGUGUACAGCCAAAGGGAGCCCUUCUUCGUCAGCAACACUAAAAUCGUGUUUCUUCACCCCCUGCAGGCCGAGAAGAUACACGCCAUCUUCCCGAUGCGUUUCCGGGACGACACCGACCUGGCCAUCGCGACCUCCUUCUUCCAGGAGCUGCAGGACCUCGGGAACUCGUUCGCGAGGGCGCCUAGGUGCAGCUGGUCGCCGAUCCCGCCGCCGGAGCUGCGGGGCGAGCACGUGGACCGCCUCACCACCAACGGCGGCUUCGUGUCCUUCGGCGUUCUCUCGCGGCACGUGAGGGGGAAGAAGCGGGCCGCCAAGACGGCCUGGAUCCUGCUCAACUUCCAGGCCUACGUCAAGUACCACAUCAAGUGCACCCGGAGCCACAUCCAGAGCCGGAUGCGGCAGCGGCUGGAGGCCCUGACGGAGGUAAUCCAGGACGCGAGCCUACGAGGGAACCACGACAAGACCAGAUCGCAAGGCAGUCGAUCGCGCGUUGCUCGAGAAGCUGCUGGCGUGUUGGUUAGCGGGUUUCAACUAGUCAACUACCAAGAGCGCGUGCUCUCCAAUAGCAACGGCAACCGACGUAGCACUAAUCCGCCGCGCAUUGAUGCACAAGUCCCAGAUGCCAAUGAGAAAAGGGCCGCAUGGCAUGGUCGCUGCUUGGAAACCUAGGACCAUGCAGGCAGGUUUGCAGAUGCAAGCUACUCUCCUCGAACCGUACAAGGUUCGAAUGGCAGGGACAACAGCAACCUUUCCGAACGUGCAGGUGCCGACCACAUCAAAUGGAACGGCACAGCAUCGUGGAACCAUGGUGGCCAAAUUUGUCAGUUUCCUUCUUGCUUUGAUAUAAAUUUUUCUUUUAGAAAAGGGAUAUUUCAUUUUGUUUGAAAGCGCUCUCUCUCCCUCUAUCUGUGUGCUGUAGUUAGGGGUGGUAAAAGAUCUUAAUUUUUAGUUUAGAUAAUUUAAGGGCCGGAUUCUAAAAGAGCCGGACUUUAAAAAUAUUAAGAGCCAAGUUUGAUUGUGAAGAGAGCGGAUCCAUUGCCACCCCUGGCC